AUGGCGGUGUGCGGCUUUGGGGAUAUUGGCCGCUGCUGUGCACGACGGGCGGCGCUGGGCUUGGGUUUGAAGAAGGUCUAUGGCGUUCGCAGUUGGGCGAGUCGUCCGAGCGAAGGCAGAGAUUCCUACAUCGACGAAGAGACGGGUGCUGAGGUCGUGUUCGGCAACGCUGCGAUGGAUGAGCGGAUCCUGCCUGAAGCAGACAUCGUCGUGGCCGUACUGCCCAAAACCCCUGCGACUGAGAAAGUGUUUGACGAUGCGCGCUUCAGCAAGUUCAAGAAGGGGGCGCUCUUCAUCAACAUCGGUCGGGGCUCCAGCGUGGAGGAAGCCGCCCUCCUGAAGCACCUGGAGAGCGGCCACCUCCGCGGGGCUGCGUUGGACGUCUUCCAGACCGAGCCCCUUCCACUGGAGUCUCCGUUCUGGCGAGAAGAUGUCCUUCCGGCCUCGCAGCUCCUUCUGACACCUCAUAACGCAGAUAUCAGCCUGUCUAUGAACGAGGAGUCUGCGGAAUACUUCUGCGCAGUCGCCCGGCGUUUUGUCCUGGAGGGCAAAAUGCCGGACUACCUCGUGGACCUCGCCAGGGGGUAUUGA